AUGACACCUUCAACGAACACAUCUCAGAGAAACAGCGAAUUGCCCGACCCUAUUUUUGCGGACAACAAAACACUUAUUGAUGAUACACAUCAUCAUUCUGGUGACACUCCACCCAAGUCGGAUCCAUUUGGAGACUCUUCUGGAACAGACACUCAUAUCUCACAAGUGGAGCCUGAGGCUCAUUGCGGCGCGGACGCGGUCUGA